AUGAUCGAGCCGCUGCUGCUCCUUGGCCAAAAUAAUUACGCCGCUGCUGCCCUGCAGCCCAAAUGCACAUGCCACUGCUGCCAUGCCACUGAUGAUCGCUCCAGCACCACUCUGCUGCUUGUGAAGCCAGCAGGCCGGGCAGAGCUGGAGCUCAAAACCCUCACAGCAAUGACUUCACAACUGGUUCAGCUUAAAGUGAUUUCAGCUCAGGUGUGA